GACUGCAUCGAGGAGUUCGCAAAAGUUUCAAUAUGUGGCCUAUUGUUUUCCUGAUCCUCUCCGUGGCUUUGUUUUACAAAUAUGUGAGACGUCACUAUACCCACUGGCAAAGAUUGGGUGUGGAUGAGGAGCCGGCGAAAAUACCCUUUGGAAUAAUGGAUACUGUAAUGAACCAGGAAAUGAGCUUGGGCAUGGCUCUGGCUGAUAUAUACGCCCGACACGAGGACAAAAUCGUUGGAAUUUACAUGAUGAACAAGAGGAGUAUUCUGAUCCGAGAUGCCCAAUUGGCUCGACAGAUUAUGACCAGUGAUUUUGCAAGUUUCCACGAUCGCGGGGUGUACGUGGAUGAGGACAAGGAUCCUCUAUCCGCAAACCUUUUCAAUCUGAGAGGUGCCUCAUGGCGGAAUCUGCGACAGAAACUUACUCCAUCGUUUUCGUCGGGGAAAAUCAAGGCCAUGUUUGGCACCAUCGACGAUGUGGGUGAUAAGCUGGUGCAGUACUUGGAGGGAGUUCUGGAUCUGAAUGACGAAGUGGAAAUCAAGGAAGUGAUGACUACCUAUGCUGUGGAUAUUAUUGGCUCUGUGAUCUUUGGCUUGGAGAUCGACAGCUUCAGCAAUCCGAAUAACGAGUUUCGUGAAAUAAGCAGCUCAACAGCCAAGGACGAGUUCCUGCUCCUCAAGAUCCACAACAUAUCCAUGUUCAUAUGUCCACCAAUUGCCAAACUGAUGAAUCGCUUGGGUUACGAGAGCAGGAUUCUGACAUCCUUGCGCGACAUGAUGAAACGCACCAUCGAGUUCCGGGAACAGCACAAUGUCGUGCGCAAGGACCUGCUGCAACUGCUGAUUCGUCUUCGAAAUACUGGAAAAAUAGGAGAGGAUGAUGACGAGGUGUGGGACAUGGAAACUGCACAGGAACAGCUCAAGUCGAUGUCAAUUGAGAAGAUUGCCGCCCAGGCGUUUCUCUUUUAUGUGGCGGGUUCGGAAUCCACUGCGGCUGCAUCAGCUUUUACCCUCUAUGAGCUGUCCAUGUACCCAGAGCUUCUAAAGGAAGCACGUGAGGAGGUGGAUGAAGUGCUUCGAAAGCACAAUUUAAAGCCCAAGGAUAAGUUCACCUAUGAGGCGGUGAAAGACUUAAAGUUUCUGGAACUCUGCAUCAUGGAAACCAUAAGGAAAUACCCGGGUCUACCUUUUCUCAACCGCGAGUGUACUGAGGAUUAUCCAGUACCCGGUACUGGACACACCAUAACGAAAGGAACACCCAUCCUGAUCUCACUGUUUGGCAUCCAGCGAGAUCCUGGUUACUUCCCCAAUCCCAAUGGCUACGAUCCCCACCGAUUCGAUGCGGAUAACAUGAACUACGAUCAGGCAGCUUAUAUGCCUUUCGGGGAGGGUCCCAGACACUGCAUAGCUCUUCGCAUGGGAAAAGUAAACUCCAAGGUGGCCGUGGCUAAGGUUUUGGCCAAUUUUGAUUUGAUUCAAUCCCCUCGCAAGGAGGUUGAGUUCCGCUUCGAUGCUGCUCCUGUUUUGGUGACCAAAGAGCCUCUGAAACUUCGUUUGACCAAGAGAAAGUAAAUCAAUAUAGUAACUCUGGAAGUGUUCAGAGAUGUCGUGAAUGAAAGUUCAGAAGAGUGUUAUUGGCUUAAAAUAUAAUCAUAAAUCUCUAACUAUAGAACGUGCUAUUGCCCUUUUUUAGAUAUUUUUAUCAAUGUCUUAAUUUUGAGUAAAAAAUUAUAAUAUAGUAGAUGUAAUAAAUGGAAAACUGUAAUUUUGAUGGAUUUCUUUUAACAUCAAUAAAUAUUAAGUCAUUUUACUUGACUUUUUCAAAGCUUAAA